GCCCACUGGCUCGAGGGGACGAGGGCCGGCCGCUUCUCUUGUUCCGGAAGGCCGCCGCCGCCUGCGCCUCCUCCGGCAUGCCGGGAUCCGGGGCGAAGCCUCCCCCCCAUAUCCUACAUUAAUUCCCCACCCCGAGUUCGGAUCGAUUUCUUGUUGUCGAGCUGGAAUGGCCGGCCGCUUCGCGUUCCAGAAGUUCGCCUCCGGGAUGUCGAGAUCGACGGGUCGCCUCAGCGCUCGCGCGUCUGCUUCUGCUAGGGCCGCCGCUCCGGACAUCCUCGUCCCCCGUGCCUCGGAAGCUGGCAUCGGAACCAUCAGCAAUGGAGCUGCAGUUCAUCCCGGUGCCGCGGUUGGCUAUGCUGCUAAAGCAGGCUGGCCAACGACGACUGGGAUGCCAUCAACUGUCGUCAAGAAGCCAACCUUCCUGGUUUCUGUUGGAGGAAUGAAGCGAACUUAUUCAUCUGGUGCACCCAACAAGCUCGGACUUUGGGGAGCCAAACUGGCAGCUUGUUGGCGAGACAGAGGUUCAGUUUGGAAUCAUCCGAUAGCUAAAAGGCUGGGACUGGAUGACGAAUUGGAUAGAGCAUGGAUUAAAUCAAUGUUCAUUAUUCCUUUUAUUAUCUAUUGUUUGAUCACUAUGUAUUUUGUCCCACGACCAGGGGACUAUGGGCAUGGCCAUAGUGGUUCCCGUGGUUGCUCUGGUUGCUGCCAGUGCCUUGCCGGUGGUUCAGAAUCCUCAAACAACAGGCGAGAUGAAGCUUGAGGACGGAGGGCGUGAUGACCUGUCUUGUUCUUUCUUUUUCGAGGAUGUACAUACGCUGUGCUUCGGACUUUGUCGUUGCUACCCUUUCAUGAAUCAUGAUGCCUGCGUGCAACAAAAUGGGGAUUUAUUUCGUGCCCGGAGUU